CGGCCACGGCUGACUUGUCCCACUGGGCGCGCUUGACCUUCGCUGCUGUCGCCUCCGCUGGUGCCGCGGCCUCCCACCCCGACCCGCGCCCGCGAUGCUGGCGCUGCGCUGCCGUCCCCGCUUGCUCGGCCUGCUCCCUGUCCCGCGCUCCGCGCCGCUGCGCCUCCCCGCGGCCCGCGCUUGCAGCGGCGGCGGCAGCGCCCGCAACCCGUCGUCUUCCUCCCGGAACCCGCUCGUGUACCUGGAUGUGGGCGCCGACGGGCAGCCGCUCGGCCGCGUGGUGCUGGAGCUGAACGCAGAUGUUGUCCCAAAGACAGCAGAGAACUUCAGAGCCCUGUGCACUGGGGAGAAGGGCUUUGGUUACAAAGGCUCCACCUUUCACAGAGUGAUUCCAGCCUUCAUGUGCCAGGCAGGCGACUUCACCAACCACAAUGGCACAGGGGGGAAGUCCAUCUAUGGAAGCCGCUUUCCAGAUGAGAACUUCACACUGAAGCACGUGGGACCAGGUGUCCUGUCCAUGGCCAAUGCAGGCCCCAACACCAACGGCUCCCAGUUCUUCAUUUGUACCAUAAAGACAGACUGGUUAGAUGGCAAACAUGUUGUGUUUGGCCACGUCAAAGAGGGCAUGGAUGUCGUGAAGAAAAUAGAAUCUUUUGGGUCCAAGAGUGGGAAGACAUCCAAGAAGAUUGUCAUCACAGACUGCGGCCAGUUGAGCUAACCUGCCAGGGCCAGGGUGCAAGGCCAGUGGCAGCUGCGUGUAUGUUAACUCACCCAGAUGGCCACCUUGGUCUCCCAGUGAAGGUGCCCCGUGGAGUUGCCUGUCCUUGCUCUGCCAUCACUGUGUGCUCGAGGAAGCCUUCUCAGGAAUAGUGGACUUCCACAGGACCUGCCAGACAGUUUCCCCAAUGCCCACCCUUCCCCAUGACCCCAUUUCUGGACAUUCGUCAUGGACAUCAUGUUGCCACUCCUCACCAGGCAUUGCCUGUGAUGGCCCAGCCCAAGUUCAUCUGUACCUUGGACAUUAGGGUGGUGAUGGGUUAGCUUUGAGUCCAGGUUUCUGCCUCUUCCUUGACCGAGGGGGGAAACUGGUUGCGACAAGAGGGCUGUUGUGUCUGUUUAAUGUCAUCUUCCUAAUUGGGAUAAUUUAUAUAACAAGAUUGCCUGGAGAUGAAGGUGACACUAACUACUCUGUGCUGUGACCUGAGUUGGUGGCACAGGCCACAGAACCCCAGAGUUUGGACCACAAUCGGGGCUUUUGUGAAGGGCGUCCCGGCCGAGGCCUUUGUCCAGCUGCUGUGGAUCAGGUGGCUUGCUGCUGCUGCUCUUGAGGAGAGUGUGCAGCCUGGAAGCAGAUGGACCUGGGAGCAAACCCACUGCGAGCGAGCCUUGCCCAGUCAAUGUGAAGUCCUGGGGCGAAAAUGGAAAUGCCUUCUAAGUGCCGUGUGCUCUGCAAGAAAGUAAAUGUGUAUUUUCUGGUGAACUUAGAUUUUUCUGUGUUUAAUAAAUUAAAUCUGCUAAUUAUGUAUAUAAUACACUUCUGGAACAUUUGUGUUCACCUUAAAUGUGAAAAUAAAUCCUAUUUUCUAUAAAA